AUGGCUCCACUGAAUAUACGCAGUCGGAAAUUGCUCUUAAACGACAGUGAACUGCCGUGCACCGAUCGGCAUUCGCCCUUACCAUGCUCACCGGAAGUGAACGAAGAGGCGUUCGUCUUCCAAGAUCCUGGCUUCCCGAAACAGUCACGGAUCGACGGUGAGGUCUGGCCACCAAUAUUCAAACCUGCUUUCGUAAGAGGUGCAAAAGCGUUGAAGGUGCGCGACAGUGACGUUUUCGUGUGCACAUAUCCCAAGUGUGGUACCACCUGGAUUCAGCAUAUUUGCUCACAACUAUUAAGCGAUGAUUAUGGGCCUGAUGUCGGCCACGGUAAAGAUGCUCUUUCAGAAUUAUGCGUCACCAGUCCGAUGAUCGAACGAAUGGGCGCCAAGUUUGCGGACAAUUUGGAGGGUCGACGGUUGCUGAAGACCCACUUUGCAUGGCACAAUUUGCCGAAGAAUAGCAAAGCAAAAUACAUCUAUGCGGUACGAAAUCCGAAAGACUGCUUGACCAGUUAUUUCUUCCACAACCGAAAUUUCAAAAUCUACGACUUUGAAUUCGGCAAUUUCGCUGAUUUCUUCAAACUGUUCAUGAGUGACAACAUCGCAUUCGGCAACUACUUCGAGCAUUUGUUGAGCUGGUUACCGCACUUGAGCGACGACAAUGUGCUCUUCUUGAAGUACGAGGAUAUGUGUGCCGAUCUGAGAUCAGCGGUCAUCAAAAUUGGCCGUUUCCUCGGCGGAAAAGCCGCAGCAAUGGUUGAGGAUGAGACAAUUGUUGAGAGCAUCGUUCGAUCGAGUACCAUCGGGGCGAUGAAGAAAGAUCAAUGGCGAUGGUUUCCCGAGCACAAUUUACGCCAAAACACUUUCAUUCGAAAGGGUGGCAGUGGUGACUGGAAGAACUAUUUCAAUCGCGAACAAUCGAAACGCGUCGACGAUGUUUUCCGGAAAAGACUAAGUGGAACGAUCGCCGAGAACUGGUGGAUAGAGGAGAUGUCAUGGGAUGAAGACGAGGAAUCCGACGAUAUGUACGAAGAUGAGGGCAUUUUUGAGGCUGAUAUCGACUCAUCAUCAAGUCUAAGCUCGGACUGCUCCACGCUGACUGGCAAUCAACCAGCCGCAAUUACCAGAAUACGAAUAUCGCCGACUGCAUCGUCCUCAUCGACAAGCAAUCGCCAUCUAGAUUCAUCGUCAUCAGUCAAGUCAACCUCUUCCGAAGUGGAUGCAGACAAUUCGUUAGUCUCAUCGCAGGAGGGUUUAUCAUCGCUGAUAAGCAUCAGUCAUUUGAAUGUUCCAAGUUCGGCAGACCUAUGGCGUGCCAGACUCUGCUCAACAUCACCGCAAUCAUCUGGUUUCGGUUCGCUAUCGUCAUCCUUUUGUUCAUCCAUAGACUCAUUUCAGUGA